AGCCUCCAGCCGGACAAGCAAAAUGAGCACCGACAUCCGACAGACCCGCGUCCGGUCAUCGCUUCAUGAUCUUAGUGAGAAGGAUGUUGCAGCAAGCUCUUAGAGUAUCCGGCCGGAGCGCCUCCCCACUGUUAAAGUGGAUGGAGAGGUGGUCUGAGGGCGCAACAGCUGCAGCCGGUCCCGAGGGGACCAAGCGCCAGGAGGUAAGGACUCUGGACGACAUGCCCGGCCCGUCGUUCGCCAGCUUCGCCUGGAACUUAUUUGCCAAACGGGGUCUGUCACGACUGCACGAGUUACAACUGGAAGGUGUGCAGCGGUAUGGCCCCAUGUGGAAGGCGAGCUUCGGCCCCAUCCUGACAGUUCAUGUGGCCGAUCCAGCGCUCAUUGAGCAGGUGCUGAGGCAGGAGGGCCAGCACCCCAUGCGCUCGGACCUGUCCUCCUGGAAGGACUACAGGAAGCUCAGAGGACAUCACUGUGGACUUCUGACUUCUGAGGGGGAGGAGUGGCAGGCAGUGAGAAGUCUCCUGGGGAAACACAUGCUGCGGCCAAAGGCAGUGGAAGCCUACGAUAAAACCCUGAACAGCGUCGUGAGUGACCUUGUUGCCAAACUUCGCCAUUGCAGACGUCCUCAUGGCCUCAUCACUGACAUCGCCAGCGAGUUCUACCGCUUUGGCCUCGAGGGUAUUUCUUCGGUGCUGUUUGAAUCCAGAAUCGGAUGCCUGGAUCAGGUCGUUCCUGAAGAGACGGAGCGCUUUAUCCAGUCAAUUAACACCAUGUUUGUGAUGACGCUUCUCACCAUGGCCAUGCCAAGCUGGUUGCACCAGCUGUUCCCCAAACCCUGGAGUGUGUUCUGUCAGUGCUGGGACUACAUGUUUGACUUUGCUAAGGGUCACAUUGACCAACGUAUGACGGCUGAAGCACAGAAGGUUGCUCGAGGAGAGAAGGUGGAGGGCCGUUACCUCACCUACUUCUUGUCCCGGACGGGGCUGCCCAUGAAGACAGUCUACAGCAACAUCACGGAGCUGCUUCUGGCAGGAGUUGACACUAUCUCCAGCACUAUGUCCUGGUCAUUGUACGAGCUGUCCCGUCACCCGGACAUGCAAGCUGCGAUCCGGGAGGAGGUGCUGACUGUACUUGAGGGCCGAAAAAUAGCAGAGGCUGCAGAUGUGGCCCGCAUGCCUCUCCUGAAGGCCACUGUCAAAGAAGUGCUCAGGUUGUACCCCGUUAUUCCUGCAAAUGCCAGGGUCAUUACAGAAAAAGACAUCGAAGUUGGAGGCUACCUCAUCCCUAAAAAUACUCUGAUUACUUUGUGCCACUUUGCAACGUCGCGAGAUCCAGCCGUGUUUCCAAACCCAGAUGAUUUCCAACCCUCUCGAUGGCUCAACAAGGACCAGAGUCAUCACCCAUAUGCUUCGGUACCCUUCGGUGUAGGAAAGCGCAGCUGCAUAGGUCGCCGUAUCGCUGAGUUAGAGCUCUACCUUGCUCUGUCCAGGAUCCUGACAGAGUUCGACGUGAACCCGGACCCGGAAGGGGUGUCCGUGAAGCCCAUGACAAGGACGCUUCUAGUUCCUGAAAAUGUCAUUAACCUCCAGUUUAUUGAACGAUGACCCACUCUCUUGACCUGAUCAGUUGCGUUAAUGUGAGUCCCUGGGCGGUAGGGAGAACUAGCAGGCGGCGUUAUCACAGGAACUGCAUGCCUGCUGACUUUGGCUGAAAGCAGCUGUUCAGUCAGAACCGACCUUCGACCUGCAGCAUAACAAAGAACAAAGCCCUCCUCACCUGUGAACAAGUGCAUUCGGGCUGACCUGAUCCUUGUUGGAGGAUGAAUGUAAGGAAGGUGGGGGCUGAUGCCUCAUCACUGUGAUUUUACACGUGAAACGUGAAAUGAUAAAUUUACCAGUUUGUUUCUUUUCAAAAAGAACAUUACCAUUAAGUGCUUAUUUGCACAGAGGCUAAGAGCGAACAAGGGAUCUUCUCUUUACUUUUCAACAGAUAGUCUUCAGAUUAUAUUGUCAGUCUCUGUUUGUGCUUGAAAUUGACAAAACAUGGCAGCGUUUAAGCAGAUUUUCCCUGAAUCUGAUAACCCCUUCUUAAAUCGAAUUUUGAAAUGUGUGUACUAUCAGCCAUUUCCUGCGUGUCCUGAUAGCACAAACAUUUCAUUUUCAAGAGCGUUUUUGUAUAUGUCCAGUACACUAAGAGGGCAGAUUGCAUGUCUCUCAGAGUCUGAGAUAUGCAGUGCACUUUAAAUUAUUCAAGAGUAUCAGGAGAGACUCAGACUGGGACAUGGAGCCGCUCUGUCUAAUAUCUCCAUCAUGAGUGUGCUGUUACAAAACAGAUGAGCAGUAGUGUAUGUGGCACAAAAUGAAUCAUUUAGAUACUUGAUCCUAGAAUAUGUGAUUGUAUAUAGGGAGAAGCACUUUCUUUUGACAGCAAUGCCUCUGCCCAUUUCAGUAACCACUGCAUCAGUGAGCUCAGUCUAUGAUAGGAACAUCCAGCAGUUUAGCUUUCUGUAUGGAUUUACCAAUUUACCAUGGAUAACUCCAGUUAAGAUCUUGAAACCAAUUUGUGUCAUGCCCCAACAGACAUGUUUGAAUAUCUUUAAGGCAAAUUUAUUUGUUUUAAUCCAACCAAAUGCCACUACUCAACAAGUAUGUGGUUGUAGCAUAAUGUGCGUAAGUGUCCAUUAUUACAGUAUGCCUAUAUAAGCUGUGAUCAAAAUUUAAAACAGAAAUGGUCCCAGAUACAUUCCUUGAGGUAUACCACUUAAAAAUAAAAUAAACUUCAACUGAGAAAAGCUACAAGUAUAAAAGAGCCACUGUCAUCUAGAAGAAGGAUAACUCUUUAUCCGUGUAGUCAUAGGUGUAAUAAAAUGAAAAUAAAUAAUAUGAGACAUAAUAUGUGACACAUAAAUCAUCACACAGCCUUGCUAGAUGUGCUGUUAGGAAGGUACCUUACUAUUUUUAAACAAUGAUUUUUUCACCUCCUCCAUAGUGUGGUAUAUACUACACAUAGCAGAAACCUGUUAAAUAUGUGACUAUGUCUAGCACUUCCGUCAUAUUCAGGAAAAGGCUGGAGCUGCAUCUCACUUCACAUGUGUUGGUACCUCAAGGAUUGGUUGAAAACAUUUGAUUCCACUAAAAAAAUGUCAAUAUUUAUACGGUGCUUAUGGGAGAAACUUUUAGUGAUGGGUACUAUUAAAAAAGGCAGCUGUUGAAAUUAUUCCUGUGUAGGAACAUAAUGCCACUAAAAUCCCAAACUCUGCACUCAGGCUUUGUAAAUCUGUCUAUAUUGUUUUUUGUUUGUUUGUUUUUGUCUUAAUAAUUUUUUCCAUUUAAACCUAGUAUGAGUAAUAUUACAUCAUUUUGUAAAUAAUAUGCUUUAGGAUAUGAACAUUGUAUUUAUUUCUAAUUUAACACCUUUUGAAACUGUUACUGUAAAUGUCAAUAAAAGGUUUCCAGUUGGA